UUCGUAUCAUUUUUAAGACGAAUAAUUCAAGAGUAUAUAAAAGCAGGUGUAAACAGUUGCUACAUGUUGACUCGAUGAGAAAGUGACAACAGUAACAAACCACUGUUUCUUCCGGGGUCUAAACAAUCUAUUAAGAUUGUUUUACCAAAAUUAAAAAAAAUACAGUUUUUUUCGAUCGCUUUUAGUUUUAAUGUAAUUUAUUGAUUUUUAUGAACUCUAUUUAUUGUUAAGUUAAACGUUUUUCUAAGGUUCAACAAUGAGUUCGCCAUCAACCCACAACAGUCACAGUUUCAGCGUGAUGCGCUUAGAUGACAGUUCGCUAAAGGUCGUCGUUUCCCAAGGCGAUUGCGCAUCCUUGGCCAGAGCUCAUCUUAGGAUGAAGAACGCGGCCGAAGUACUUCAGUGGAGUGUUGAAUCGGCUGGAGGCACUAAACCUUUCGGAUUUUUAGACGAUUAUUGUCGCCUGGUGAUUGUUGUCAAAGGUGAAGGACUGGAGAAUGGCGAUAACACGGUCAAAUUGUCUUUCUUCGUCAAGACACUUCCACGAUAUAAUGAAAACAGAUUAAGACAAAUUCAUCAACAUGGUGUUUUCAGAAAGGAAACUAUGAUGUACUACCUUUUGCUACCAAUGCUCAAAGGCGAUAAUGGACCCACAGCCUGGCGUCCAAAAUGCUUCCUCGUCCGCAACGACAUAGUCGUUUUGCAAGAUUUAUCCAUGUAUAAUUUUCGCCAUUCGUACCCAAAAUUCUCUUUGGAUCUUGAUCAUGUUAAAGUUGCUUUAACGGCAUUGGCUCGUAUGCAUGCAAGUUGCAUUAUCUACGAGAAGAAAAAAAAUUGUUGCAUGGGGAGAGUUUACAAAGAUCUUAUGUUCGAGACUAUGGCCAAUAAUAAUCAAUGGUGGAGGACUGGAGAGGAUACUGCUUUAGCAAUUGCUGAGGAAUCUGAGAAAUUCGGUAAAUAUACCGAAUACCAUUCCAUGGUACAGGAGAAGUUAAUUGAUUUCCUGAGAUUGGCAUGGUCUAUGGUAAAACCAUCGCGCAUUUAUAAAAAUGUGGUAUGCCACCGCGAUACGCGCAAUCACAAUUUGAUGUUCAAAUAUAAUUCAACUGGUCUACCUGAACAAUGCAUCUUGGUCGAUUUCCAAAGAUGCACCUACAAUCCACCAGCUUUGGAUUUCAAUCAUCUUCUAUAUCAGACAACAUCUAGAAGCUUUAGAGACCAGCACUACCAGGAAUUGAAGAGGUUCUACAGAGCAGCAUUUGUAGAAAACAUUACGAAGGAAAAUUUGGAUGUAAACGAUAUAAUUCCUGAACAAGAGUUUGAUGAUAGCACAGAUGAUUUGCGUUUGUGCGCUAAAAUUUUGGCGGUGAUGACAUUGCCUCUUACUCAAAUGCCUCCUGAAAUACUGGCAGUUUUGAGCCACGAUUCUGAGGAGUUUGAUCGUACUGUUAAUGGAAUGAGAAAGCAGACUGUUUUGGAUCUCAUGGAGAACAAUGAAAAUUAUCGUACUAGCUUGAUAGAAGCUAUGGAUGAACUACUGGAAGAACUUUUAGAGGUUCCAAAGAAUAAGAAGUAAUUCAAGAGAAUGUAAUAUCUUAAUUAAUAAUGUAAUUGCUCUUAAUAUAAAAUACGAUCGAUCAUAAUGAAACAUGCCCAUUACAAAUUUGUGUGCCACUGGUUACUGGUUUUUAUUGCAAAAAUAGUACACAAAUAUUUAUUAAAAAACUUUUUUCAUACACGAGUAAUAUUUGCAAUACCAGUAUUGUACAAAUUAUAAGAUACCGGAAACAUUUAAAUAAACGAUAUAUGAAUAUUUAAUACAUCAUAAAAAAGAAUUUAUUAAAUUAAAAGAAAAUGGCGAUCUACUCAAUUUAUCUAAAAUAGUUUUUAGGUGUAAGAAGAUUAGAACUAAUUCUAUUUGUUUACUACUUUUGUUACUCGUAUUUAAUUUUGAUUUAAAUUAUGUAUGUUAUUUUAGAAAGCACUGAUAAGUAUAAGGAAUUGUUGAACUGUAUUUUAUAAGACUGCUAGGCAAAUCACGUUUAUUUAUAAAA